CCAAGGGCCACACAAUUGCGAAAGGAGCAGAAUGUUUGGUGGCGGAACUGAAUUGCAACUGCAGAAGUAACAAGUGACCCUUUGAAGAUGCAUGUGCGACUGCAUAAAGUGAAGGGGAAACUGGAAAUAACAAUGAAGUAAGGGAAAAGUAUGCUUCUCAGGUUUAAUAGGGGAAACCUACUUUCUGCAAGUAACUGAAAAAGCUGCCCUCGGAAGCUGUUUCUUGGGCCCUCAUGGAGUAGUUGGAACUUUUACUGUCAGAUCCUUGGGCUCCUGAUCACCCAGAGUAGCCAUGGCCAGCAAGAGGAAAUCCACCACCCCAUGCAUGAUCCCAGUAAAGACUGUAGUGCUGCAGGAUGCCAUUGUGGAGGCCCAGCCAGCAGAGGCCUUGCCUGAAGUACCCCAGCAGGAUCUUCCCCCAGAAGCACCUGCUACCAGCAGUGAGGCAGCUCAGAACUCCAGCAGUACUGAUGGCUCCUCACUGGCCAAUGGGCAUCGGAACACUUUGGAUGGCUAUUUAUAUUCCUGUAAAGACUGUGAUUUCAGAUCCCAGGACAUGACCCAAUUUGUGGGACAUAUGAACUCAGAGCACACAGACUUUAAUAAAGAUCCAACUUUUAUCUGCCCUGGGUGCAGUUUCCUGGCAAAAACCCCCGAGGGGCUUUCCCUGCACAAUGCCAAGUGUCAUUCAGGGGAAGCCAACUUUGUGUGGAAUGUGGCCAAGCCAGACAAUCAUGUAGUCGUGGAGCAGAGUAUCCCUGAGAGCACCAGCACUCCUGACCCAGCAGGGGAGCCCGGCGCUGAGGGGACUGAUGGACAGGCUGAAAUCAUCAUCACUAAGACUCCAAUCAUGAAGAUAAUGAAAGGCAAAGCUGAAGCCAAAAAAAUCCAUACUCUCAAAGAGAAUGUCCCCAGCCAGCCUGUGGGUGAGGCCUUGCCAAAGCCAUCAGCUGGGGAAGCAGAGGUGAAAGAGGGGGACCACACCUUUGUUAAUGGGGCAGCUCCAGUCAGCCAGGCACCUGCCAGCUCUGCAAAGCCCCCCCAUACCACCAAUGGGCCCCUGAUAGGAACGGUGCCAGUUCUGCCAGCUGGUAUAGCACAGUUCCUGUCUCUCCAGCAGCAGGCCCCGGUGCACACCCAGCACCAUGCCCACCAGCCCCUGCCUACAUCCAAGGCCCUUCCCAAAGUGAUGAUCCCCCUGAGCAGCAUCCCAACGUACAACGCGGCUAUGGACUCCAACAGCUUCCUGAAAAACUCCUUUCAUAAGUUCCCCUACCCAACCAAAGCCGAGCUCUGCUACCUGACUGUGGUGACCAAGUAUCCAGAAGAACAGCUCAAGAUCUGGUUCACAGCCCAGAGGCUGAAGCAAGGUAUCAGCUGGUCCCCUGAGGAGAUCGAGGAUGCCCGUAAAAAGAUGUUCAAUACAGUCAUCCAGUCUGUGCCUCAGCCCACGAUCACAGUUCUGAACACCCCCCUGGUUGCCAGUGCAGGCAAUGUCCAGCAUCUCAUCCAGGCCGCUCUCCCAGGCCACGUUGUCGGACAGCCAGAGGGCACAGCAGGAGGACUCCUGGUCAGCCAGCCACUGAUGGCCAAUGGGUUGCAAGCACCAACCUCGUCUCUCCCCCUGGCAGUCACAUCUGUUCCCAAGCAGCCAACAGUGGCACCUAUUAACACCGUGUGUUCAAAUACAACAUCGGCCGUGAAGGUGGUCAACGCAGCCCAGUCUCUCCUCACAGCCUGCCCCAGCAUAACUUCCCAAGCCUUCCUCGAUGCUAGCAUCUACAAAAAUAAGAAGUCUCACGAACAACUGUCCGCUCUGAAAGGGAGCUUCUGCCGGAACCAGUUCCCAGGGCAGAGUGAAGUCGAACAUCUGACCAAAGUCACCGGCCUCAGCACUAGAGAGGUGCGGAAGUGGUUCAGUGAUCGGAGGUACCAUUGCCGGAACCUGAAGGGCUCCAGAGCCAUGAUGCCUGGGGAUCACGGCUCCAUUCUCAUUGACUCUGUGCCCGAGGUGCCCUUCUCCCCAUCCUCCAAGGCUCCCGAGGUAACCUGUAUCCCAACAGCGACCUCAUUAGCAAGCCACCCUGCUGCCAAACGGCAAUCCUGGCACCAGACUCCUGACUUCACGCCCACCAAAUACAAGGAGAGAGCCCCAGAGCAGCUCCGAGCCCUGGAGAGCAGCUUUGCACAAAACCCACUCCCUCUAGACGAGGAACUGGACCGCCUGAGAAGUGAAACCAAGAUGACCCGGAGAGAGAUCGAUAGCUGGUUUUCAGAGAAACGGAAAAAAGUGAAUGCUGAGGAGACCAAGAAAGCCGAUGGGACAGCCUGUCAGGAGGAAGGGGAGGCUGCUGAGGACGAGGGGGGAGAGGCGGAGUUGGCCAGUGAACUGAGGGUUGCUGGUGAAAAUGGUUCCCCAGAAAUGCCCAUCAGCCAGAUAUCAGCAGAGCGCAAAGUCAGCCCCAUCAAAAUCAAUCUCAAGAACCUGAGGGUCACUGAAGCCAGUGGCAAGAGUGAGCUUCCAGGGCUCCUUGCCUGUGAGCUGGAGGAGGAUAGUUUGAACAAGCUGGCAGAGCAACCCCCUGGCAAAGUGAGCUACAAAAAGACGGCUCAGCAGCGACACUUGCUGCGGCAGCUCUUUGUCCAGACCCAGUGGCCAAGCAACCAGGACUAUGACUCCAUCAUGGCCCAGACGGGGCUGCCGCGGCCAGAAGUGGUGCGCUGGUUUGGAGACAGCAGGUAUGCUCUGAAGAACGGCCAGCUCAAGUGGUACGAAGACUAUAAGCGGGGCAACUUCCCACCGGGGCUGCUGGUCAUCACCCCUGGAAACCGGGAGCUGCUGCAAGACUAUUACAUGACACACAAGAUGUUGUACGAGGAAGACCUGCAGAACCUCUGUGACAAGACCCAGAUGAGCUCCCAGCAGGUCAAGCAGUGGUUUGCUGAGAAAAUGGGUGAGGAGACCCGGGCCAUGGCAGACACAGGUGGUGAAGACCAGGGCCCUGGUACUGGUGAGCCUGCGGCAACUCACAAAGGGCUGGGUGACUCCUAUUCAGAAGUGUCUGAGAACAGUGAGUCGUGGGAGCCCAGUGCACCUGAGGCCAGCUCAGAGCCCUUUGGUACAUCAAGUCCCCAGGCUGGACUUCAGCUAGAAACAGACUGAAAUUGAUCCGAUUACUCUGAAGGACCGGCCCAUCUGGGAUGCUGCCUGCCACAUGGAACAGCUGAACCUGCCUCUCUGCUGCCACAUGUCGUUUCCAUGGCCAGCCACUGGGUACCCAAGAAGGCCUCCAGAGGCCUUGCAGAUAGCCCAGAGCCUGUUGCCACCAAGCAAGUGGCAAGAAGGGGUUCUGCCAGUCCUUCCUCCCACAGUGUAGGACCUUCCCUUGGCCUCCCAGGGAUAAAGCAGUUCAGACUUCAUAUUCAUAGACAGAAUCAAGUUUUAACAAACAUUGCCUCUCUACAUUUAAUAAAAUACCAGAUUACAAACACUUUCAUUAUAUAGACACUUUGGUUAGCAAAGUGGGAUGUUGUUCACAUCAUCUCUGAAUGUGCCGUUUGUCUGUUCUCUGGGGAGCACUGGAGCCACUGAUGCCCUCACUUUCCAUGGGCAGGCAGGGGUUAAAGAUGCUCAGAACUGUAUCCCGGCCCCCAGGCCUCUCUGCUUUCCUCACAGAAGGAUACCAUUGAAGAGCUCUCUGUCAUGUUAAGUGGUGACCAGCCACUUUUGGAGCCAGGCUUGCUUUGUGGGCUGGUUGGUGCAGAGCCUGUUGUUGCCCUUAGGUCAGAAAAUGGCCUGGCUGUGCGAGUAGUGCUGGAUCCUGGCCACUCUCCUCUUCAGGUGUUACCUUAAUUCUGCUUUUUUUUUUUUUUUUUUUUGGUGGGAGUUUGAAUCAUGGACCAUAACUUUACAGUUAUCAGAUCAACUAAAGAAAUAUUUGUUGUUAAGCCUAAUAUACUGACCUAUGUGCCCCCCACCCCCACCGUGUUUUCUUUCUUUCUUUAAUGUAGAAAUGUAGACACCUUUAUAGUGAGAGGAAAAUGAAGAAAGGAAACGGGGAGAAGGUGGGUGAAGAAAGGUAUAGCUACAGCCUGCAGUCCUGGCUACUGCAGUGUUGAGAGCCCUGUCCCCCCACUUACUACAGAAGCUCUCAGGAGAGUAAGAGGGAGGGCUGAAUGGAUUCGUAGACCGUGGGGAAUUAUCAGAGCUGGAGUGGACUUGAGCACCAAGACCUGUGGGUGGGAGUUCCUGGCAGAACAUCUGGAACGCUGCAAGCACACACCAAGGGCCUGGCCAGCAUGCUGGGCAGAUACCCAGAGGUGCUGGACAUCACUGGACAGGUCCUUGUGAGGGAGUCUCUGAAGUUCUGCAUUUAUGUCCCUAAACUUGGAAAUAAGAAUGCUUAUGUAGUCUAACCCUCACGUCCUCCUUUGAAUUGAGAAAAUCACAGGAAAAGAAGCCUUUGAAACAAUGGGAAACUUACAGAGUUGUACUAACUAGAAAAGCCCCGAUUUCCUCAAGACCGGCCACUCUAGCAAAGGGGGUGGGUUGAGGAUGUGUCACCUGUGGCCUCACCAACCUCUUAGAAGUGAACCAAAGACAUUGGUUCCUGCAGUGCCAGGCACACGUGGAGGCCCCUCCUGCUGGGCCUGGGCUGCCUGGGGCACCAAGAGACCUGGGCAGGGAAGGGCUCAGGCAUUAAGCGCUGGUUACACUCUAUGUACCCAGGAAAGUGGAGCAGUCACACCAUCUUGCUGGCUGGGCUGAGCUUGGUGUGGGGAUGAGCUUGGUGCCAGCAGCCUCUGCCUUCUAGGAGAGGGCUUUCUUGGGAAACUCAAAGCCCUCGAACCAUUGUUCUAAAUUAGUGUUUUCUUUAGCCCUCCCUAGCCCAAUAGGGACCACCUCUUAUUUGUCUCAAACUGGGGACUUGUGAAUACUUCUGCAAGUUUUGCAGCCUAUUUUUGUUUCCUUUCCAUUUGGGGAGUGAAGCUAUGAGUCUCAGAAGCCUUUGAGGAACUGUCAAGAAUGGCAAGUGAUCGCCUUCCUUCAGAGAACAGACACUUGGAAUCUUUCCUUUAGUUUUUAUGUACAUUCAGAUUAAUUUAUAUAUCCACAUAUACAGUACAGAUAUUCAUUUGCUACCUUACUUGUAAAGUGAACAUCUGAUGUGUACACUUGAGCUUCACGGCACGUGGGUGUUGGGGAGCAGCCUGUGUGCGGGCAGGGACUGCUGUACACUGGUGGCAGUGGCAACCCAGCAUGAAGCCAUCUCCAAGUGUCUGAGAAACCACUCUGUGCCUCAGCCCAUGCCUGCCAGCCUCACCUCGAGUCUGUGUGCACCAGCUGAACGUUAGUGUCUGCAGAGAGGGUUCUUGCGGUUAUCUGCGUUGACAUUCAAUUUACAACCCAAACAGCAAAACAGAAAAAAACUUGUCCAUGGUAGACAAGUUUGUGCAGGACCCUGCACCCCAGCCCCAGGCACUAGCUCAUCUUUUGGGUGGAGUAGUUAUGGAGUAGUUAUGGUGAGGCCAGCACUGGCAUGUUUUUCUCACAGAUGUUGGCCCUUCCCAUCAGCUAGGGGCACACGACAAACAGUAAGACUGACCAGAUAAGAGCCCCGCAGACUGGACAGACCCUGCUUCUUCCUGAGCUCCUGAAUGGGAGUGAGAAAGUGGGAUUUGGACCUUCUGCUUGAAACAUGACACUGAGAAGUGGUCAUGAAGCAGGUGCUUUAAAGGGAUAUCAUUAUGGAACCCAGGGCUUCGGGUGCCAAGCACAGAGACCCAUCCACAUGUGCCCAGAGUCCAGAAUCACAUUGACAAUGGUGGUGAGGGGGUGUGGUCACCAGGCCGGCAGCUUGUCACAAGACAGAUCACUGGUAUUGCACACUGCUGAAGGGUUAAAUUCUGUGUUGUCCCUUUCAAUAAAAGACUGGCUGUGGGCUGCCAAGUUAAGCAAGGUGAGUGGGCGGCUGUUCUUUCCUGAAGAAAAGCUUAUGUUACCAGAGGACGGAUCCCCCCUCCCCUCUGCACCUGGGCUUAUCAGAGGCAGUGGAUUGUCUUCCAGUGUUUCUCAUUGCUGGUGUCUUAUGCCUGUUUGGUUUAUUGUGUUUUUCACUUGAGGUUGUAAAUUAAGUUCUACUAGGUGAAACCAGAUCACAGUUCUGAUAAAGGAAAUUUGAAUUUGAUAAUAUACUUUUUACAUAUUUUGAUUACCUGUUUUAAUUUUUGACCAUAGAAGAGCUAUUUGAUUUGGGGAGGGGAAGUAUUUUCAGGUCUCUUGGGUUCCUGAAAAAGAAGGCCCUAGUUGUAUGGCUCAGAGUGACUGAGAGCUCCUUUUUUUGGCCGAGUGACAAGUGGCUGGUCAGGUGGACCAAAGCACUUGGGUCCAAGACUCUGCACUCUGCUCUCUGGAAGCAGAAAAGGCAGAGUGUCGGUGGCACCUUAAGGGCUUCCACUUGCACUCACGGGCUCGUCCUAAGUGGCCUUAGGAGGCCAUCCCAUCAGGAAGCUCUAGUGAGUUCUACAGGCUGCCAUGUGGUUCUCGCGGGUUUUUAUCCUGUCUUCCCUUCCUCUCCUUUCUGGUUCUGUCACAUCUGUCCCCCAGUUGCCUUCCAUGGAGGGUUGGGGGUAGCCUCUCUGGUUGGACUUGGUCUUUUUGCACAUCCUUCCUCGGGAUUUGUCUGCUUAUACUGUUCCAGUCUUGGGCCCUUUUGCUUGUCAUCUUCCUCACCUGCAUGUGGACCAGGAUUCUUGGAUUAGUCGCUUUGCAGUCCAAACAUCACAGCCUAUGUUUAAAGGUUGGCGGGAGAGAACCAGUCAGGAAGAAAAUCUAAAAACAAGUCUAAUCUAAAAACAAGUCUUGGAGCUUUUCCCCCACACCCAUGUUCAGUUUACCUGGGGGAAGUUCAUUGGUCUGACCUUUGCAGGAGAUGUGCUUCUGUAUUAAGUUUUAAUUUUCAUGCAUCGCACUCAUUUUCAAAGCACAGUUGUGUGCUGGAGGAAAAAAGCCCUCUGGAUGUGUGCGGGUCUUACCGCCAACUUGUCCUGACCAAAGCCAGCUAGUGGGGCCUGGAGCUCCUCUUCAACUUCUCCCAGCUUGGCUUCUUUCUGUCUUCCCUGACAGUGGACACGGUUCCCAGGAGCACCUGGUCUCUGAUGAGCUCAGUGCCUGUGGAGCUUCAGACUUUCUCUGAGCACAAGUCCCCUCUGCAGGGGACCUAGGCUUCAACCCAACAUGCCCACUGUGCUGUUUGCUCUGGCCCAUUUAAAUGUGCAGCCAUGCAACCCAGGGCUGAUGAGACUGUGGGGAUGUCAUCAACAAAGUGACCAUUUUGGUUUUGGCCAAAUGACUGGAUGGAAGUGGUGACCACAGUGCUGCCUGGCUUGUUACCCAGCCCAGCCCCAAAUCCCAAUGGAACUGGCAGGCCUUGGAUAGAAUCUGUUCCUGCCAGAGUCCAGGCCACACUAGGAGCUGGGGUGAAGCGGCAAACCCAAGUACUCUCAGCUGACCCAGCACCUGCACUUGGCUGUGAGGUGUAAUGAACCUGUACAGAUGUGUGGCCCUAGAGAGGAUGGAGAGCCUGCUUUUGGGUCUUAUGUCCUGGACUCACUUGUCAACACUAGUCAGCCAUCCUGUCCUGCCCGUAAACCUGAACUUCUCUUUAAAAGUGGACUUGGUCCUUCACUAACCUGCAGAAAUGAUAGGCAUUCCUUUUUAGCUAAAGGUCCAGCAGGAGCUACCCACUCGUAACUAACUGCCCUGGAGUCUGGGAAUGAGACCAGGCAGACCCUGGUUGCCACAUGGAUGAGGACAGGAGCCUGUACCUGUUUCCUUGAUCUUUGGGUCUACAGGACCGUGAGGAUUUGUGGAGUUACUGAUUAUUAUCUGCCCUUCCUGAGGUUUUGGCAGGAACUGGGCAGAGGGGAGAGAAGAGAGGGUAGCUCUUUUUGCUGCCUGGUGCCUUCCUGCUGUCUGGGCAGGUGGCAAGCCAGGACCCUGUGGGGGGCCUGUGUUCACCUGCCAUUAGUGCCUCUUCCUUGGGUAUGUGCAUGCAUACAUGUGCCAGUUGUGCACACACAUGGGCAACUGCCUGUGUUAAUGAACAGCUGUUUUUGGUUCCCUUCCAUGAAAAUUAGGUGAUUCUGAAUUAAUUUGAUUGGAGUCAAAGGUGAAAAGUCUGGGAUAGAGACUGCAAGUGCACAGUCCUUCCCAAGCACAAAGCUCCAGAGCAGAAACAUGAUUAAGAGGGUCACAUGGUACUAUCAACCCUGUACUUUGUGUUUAAAGAGAUAUCUUCUCAUUCACCCGUGGUUCUUGCCCAUACAUUCUUGCAGUGAGAUUGUUGGCUGGAGAGCAAGCUAGCACCCACUCACAAGCAGGGUUCCACCAUGACAACUGGGUUGCUCCUUGGGAAACUGGGUGAGGGCCAGGGGAGCAAUGAUCACACUGGGGUAGUGAGUUCCUGCCAAUUCCUGAGCAGCUGCUUUCUUAGCUGUGGCAGAAGGGUCAGACUGUGCCACAAUUGUUGUUAAAAACAAAAUAUGCCAACCUUCCCCUCUGCCCUGCUGGCCGUUGUUCAUUCAGUCUUAUUGAUGCAGUCUUUCGGGGUUGCCAAAGGCCUGCAGAUUCCUUUCUCACUAAGUCCUGACUCCUAGUCCUCUAGCACCCAUUUAUGUUCUGGUCUUCAGUGCAAACCCCUUUGUUCUCUGUGGGCCAGACUACUGAGAAGUGAGCCUGGGGAGUGACGUGAGCAAUUUGCCUCUGGAGUGCUUCCUGUCUCCUAGGGACAACUGCAGAAGUGAUCAUCCGAGUAAUGAGUGAAGGGCUAGUGUCCUGUUUGUCCAGAGGCAAACUGAAACUCUAAACUAUUUGAGGGUCCCACUUCCUAUUGUGACCAAGCAUGAAACCAAACUGAGAAAAAGGCAUGCUCUGUCAUUUGGGUCUGAGUGGAAGGGGAAUUCUUUACUCUGCAUAAAUCUUUUGACAAAGAUGGAGCUUACCUUUGGUGUGGACUGUGGUGGUGCUGAGGCGGGAGGCAUGGGGUUGCCCUCUUUGGGCUGGGUCUCCAGGCCUCACAAGGUCCCCUGUGGGGAUGCUGCUAUUUCUAAGAUGCAAAUUGCACAUUUCCUAGAUUUUUGUAUCUGUGGACUUGGAUAAGGGAGGGGAACAGGGACAAACUACUUGUACAGUUUGAGAUGGGCCUCAAUGGUACUUCAAACCUUCUGAUCGUUCCUAAAUAAAAAUGUACAUAUAUUUUA